AUGUCUUCCGCAAGCGCAAGAGGCAACUACAGCCAUCCUUCCCUGGAAGAUGAUGAUUUGAUUGACCCGGAUGAUGAAGCUGGGUUGAACGACUUUGACGACCCUCUCGAAAACAGGUCUGCACGGCAACCUCUCUCAGGAAAUAUCGGCUCCGCCUCGUCACGUCCUCUCAAUGAAACUUACCUUACCUCAUCGAUCCCUGGCGAAGACAGACGGGCGCCGCAGAACACAAUAGACGAGACCGUUUGGGAAACGGUACGCCGUGACUUACUCGCGGUAUGGGCCAAGUUGAGAGAGGUUCUCUACCCUCGAUAUCUCUUGGGCGGUACAAUGUUUGAUUCCGAGGGUGGUUUACGGGGCGCCUACUCCAAUAUCCGCGGAGCAGGCAUUACGGGGACAAGAGAAGAACUCACGGGCCUGGCAAGUCGCAUGAUGGAUGCGGAAGUGCUCUUGCAAAGUAACAUGAGCCCGGGACUGCGUGACUGGGACCUAUGGGGCCCGCUAAUCUUCUGCCUACUCCUGAGUCUAUUGCUUAGCAUCGCGGCCCGAGCUGAGCAAAAGGAUACUGUCUUCAGUGGAGUCUUCGCCAUGAUCUGGCUCGGCGAAGCUGUAGUUACUCUGCAGAUCAAAUUGCUAGGCGGCAACAUUUCCUUUGCGCAGAACGUCUGCAUCAUUGGGUACACGUUGUUCCCUCUCGUGCUUGCCGGGCUCCUUUCAGCAUUAGGUUUACACUGGAUUCCACGGAUACCCAUUUAUAUUGUUCUAGUUGCGUGGUCACUCGCAGCUGGCGUGAGCAUUUUGGGAGGGAGUGGCGUUGUCAAGAAUCGAGUUGCCAUUGCGGUGUACCCCUUGUUCAUCUUCUACGUAGGCCUCGGAUGCCUGUGCUUCAUUAGCUGA